AUGGCCCGUCUCAACCUUUCUAUCCUUGCUGCAUGCCUUUCGCUGUCUGCCCUGACGUCGGCUCUGCCGACCAAGCGGUUUGACCCCAUGGCCGACGGUGACUUGAUCCCCGAAAGCCCUGCCUCGAUUGCCGAGAUGUCCCUGCGUUCUACUGUCAACUUCUUCGACGACAUGGAGCAAAUGUGGAAAGAGGACCAGGCUGAGAAGAACAAGAAGCCCGGUGCUGCUACCGGCGCAGAAGCCGAGUCCGCUGAUGCCGUAACUUCGGCUGUUCCGAUCGUCCCUAUGCCCCCUACGCCCAGUGAAGAGGCCGCUCCCAGCCAGCAGUCGCACGCACCCGUUGAGAUCAACAAAACAAACAAGGGCGAGACGUCCGAGACGUACAAUGACGGCCAAGAAGCACAGAGUGCUCCGACUCCGGCCCCUUCGCGUGCUAUGAGUGAGCCCCAGGCUGAGGAGAAGCCCACUGCCACGACACCGCAGGCCAGUAGCUCCGCCAGUGCUGCCGCUAGCCCGUCGGGAAGCGUACACGAAGUCAAGGACAACUUUUUCUCCAAAAUCCCCGUUGUCGGAAAGAUCCUGAGCGGCGGUGGAAUUGCUUAG